GGCGCGCACCAGAGAGCGAGCAGGAACGGGCCGUCCCACGACGAGGUGCGUCCGUGGUGGGGUGUCAGUGGCUUAUCUGGCGACUUUAUGUAUAUUACGAUACCCGAGGUAGGAACACGAGCAGUUCACUGCUGGCUAACCGGUCGGAGAAGUCGGCGAAGCCGAGUCGUCUGCGCGGCGCGCCACAUCAAGUGAAACGAGAGUCACGUGUGCCGACGAGAAAAAUCGUUCUCCUUUUCUUUUCCCUUUUUCUUUUUAUAAGCGAAAUAUCAUCGUGCGACCGGUAUCGAGUUUACAUGCGUGCGACGCGUAAGAGACACGUGAAAGUCACGUAAAGUGCGCGCAUCGACCGAGCCAGUUCGACAAGCUGAUCGGCAAACGGAUCGUAUUUCCACUGAUCAACGAUCGCUUCGAUCCAGGAUGAUCAUCCUCGCGUGGUGUCUCUUCGUUAUCGUCUCGUUUCUCGUGGCGAAAAACCAGGCCUUCCUCAACGCGCCGAUACCAGCUCACGCAGUGUCGAGUUACAGCAUCGGUGCUGAAAGACGAAUGGAGAGCAAUAAAGCCACUUACAGCGUAAACGACAAUCAUUCAGUCGACUCGAAAUCCAACGAUGACGACGAAGGGCCCUAUGUAAUUUAUGAAAGGAAGGACGAGAAAGUGGAAAAAGAUAGAGAUACGGAAGAAAUCGGUCCCCGUUUUGUUGUAGUCAACAGCGAUCUGCAGAGUCCGCUGGACCCAUGGUCAAUAGUUUGGUACAUCGGCUCAUUCGGCGGCCUGGUGGCGUUCUUCCUCAUUGUCAGCUGCUCCGAAUGGUGCUGUCGACGAGGUAGCCGAUCUUUAUCGGUGCCCUAUGCACAGCGGGCCGAGACGAUAAAUACCCCUGGAGUUACGGAAACUCCACCACCACCUUAUCAUCUGUUCGCGCCGCCUUCUUACGAUUCCGUCAACUACGGCAAAAUCAUCGACAAGACGACCGGCGAAAAGGUGGACAUCUACGUGAUUUCGGUGCCGAUUCACAGACCAAUGCAGGCGCCUGCGUAGAAGAUCUUGAAAAGAUCAUCCUCUUGGCGAGGAUUAUCGGACUAACACUGACGAUCGAACUGAUCGAUGAGAUCUAGAAGAAGUAGUCUCGUGGAUCUCUUUGUUAAAGUUUUCGGGUGGUUAACGGACGUUGAAGAUGACCGUUCGAUAAUGAAGCUGUUUUUGACGUUAUCGUUGCAAUGGUAUAACGAAAGAGUGAUUAAAUGAAGUGACUAGAUGUGUCUGCGCUGUGACAUAAUUAAGGGAUAAAAGUAACGAGCAAAAUUCACCAAAGUAUUAAUAUCAUUCCGAAUUGUAUAAAUCGUUUUCACGUUUCUCUAAAAAGUGUUGGAUGUCUCCAAUCCCAAGGAGAAGUUGUGCGAAAAAUUGUCAUUCUACACAUGAUCUCGUGAAAAAAAUCGCGAUAAUGGAAAAGAUUAAAUUCGAAGAAAACUUUGCUUCAAAUGAAACAACGUAUUACACCAGUUAAAAUUAAUUUUCAUUAUUUACAUGAGAUUCUAUAGCUUUAUCGAUGACAAAUAUUUUCUUGGAAUCAAUAAAAAGAAAAAAGAAGAGCUAACAGAUAUUCUUGUCAAUGCUUGUAUAAAAAAACUUAUCGUAGCAUGAUAUAUCGAUUAUAUAUAGAUUGAUAUAUUUGAUAUAUGAUUAAAGUUGAAGAAUGUUAUCCAAGAUAAAUUAUAAAAAGUUAAAAAAAAAAAUAGAAUAGUUUGUAAUGGAAAGUACAUCUUCGUGAAUUUCUUGAACGAAUAGAUAAUAUAUAUUUAAGGAAAUAUUGUUGAAUUGUAGAGCAAUAAUUAAAUAAUUAAUUUAAUCGGCCUACGAAAAAUGGUGAAUCGAAAAUGCGACCAAAAUCGAUCAUUGGAUUCAUAAAAACGUUGAUCUUUUCACAUGCGCGACGUAUUCUAAAAAACAUGAUGGCAUGAUGUGCGAAUAUUUAAGAAUAUUUAAUGAAAUUAAAUAUUAAAUGAAACGAUUAUAUUCAAUCAGUCACUGCCAUUUAAAAUAAAAUAUAAUCAAGAUUUAGAUAU